CUGGAGCCAGCGUGGGCCUGGCAGGGCCGGGCGGGCCCUCGGCGAGGCGGGCGACCCGGGAUGCCGCCGCCCCGCGGCCCCGGCGCCCUGCUGCGGCUGCUGCCCCUGCUGGGCCUGCUGCUGGGCGGCGCCGCGCGGGCCCCUGGGCGGUCGCAGGAAAUCUUGAUCAAGGUGCAGGUGUACAUGAGUGGCGAGCUGGUGCCCCUGACCCGGGCCUCCGUGGACGUGUUUGGGAACCGCACGCUGCUGGCCGCUGGCACCACAGACUCUCAGGGUGUGGCCACCCUGCCGCUCAAUUACCACCUGGGCACCUGGGUGUUGGUUACUGCUGCCCGCCCUGGCUUCCUCACCAACUCGGUGCCCUGGCGGGUGGACAAGCUGCCCUUGUAUGCAUCUGUGAGCCUCUACCUGCUCCCCGAGCGGCCAGCCACCCUCAUCCUCUAUGAGGACCUCGUGCACAUCCUGCUGGGCUCCCCAGGUUCCGGCUCACAGCCCUGGGUGCAGUUCCAGCGCCGGGCCGCACGCCUGCCGCCCAGCGCCACCUACAGCCAGCUGUGGGCCUCGCUUACGCCCGCCAGCACCGCACAGGAGCUGCGCGCCUUCCCGGCCUUCCUGGGCACCGAAGCGCCCGGCGCAGGCAAUGGGUCCUGGCUGGAGCUGGCACCGCUGGCGGCCGUGAGCGUGCAGCUGUUGGCAGGCAAUGGCUCCGAGGUGCCGCUUGCGGGGCCCGCGCACUUCGCGUUGCCACUGCCUGCUGAGCCACGCUCCCUGGCUGCGGGAACUGGUGUCCCUGCCUGGAGGUUCGACCCCAAGAGUGGACUGUGGGUCCGCAACGGCACCGGCGUGAUCCGCAGGGAGGGCCGCCAGCUCUACUGGACCUUCACUUCGCCGCAGCUGGGCUACUGGGCAGCCGCUGUGGCCUCGCCUGCCGGUGGGCUGGUCACCAUCACCGCGGGCAUCGCAGACUUCGGCGCCUACCACACCGUGUUCCUGCUCACCAUCCUCGCCGCGCUGGCGCUGCUGGUGCUGGUCCUGCUGUGUCUGCUUAUCUACUACUGCCGGAGGCGCUGCCUGAAGCCUAGGCAGCAACAGCACCGCAAACUGCCGCUUUCCGGGCCAGCGGAUGGCGCCAAACGGGACCAGGCCACCUCAGUGUCUCAACUGCACCUCAUCUGCGCCGGGCCCCUGGAGCCCGCGUCCUCCGGAGACCCCGAGGCCCCGCCACCUGGGGCCCUGCAUUCCGCCUUCUCUAGCACACGCGACCUGACUGCCUCCCGCGACGACUUCUUCCAUGCCAAGACUCGCGCACCUGGCCGCGCCGCCGCGGAACCCCAGGGGUUGCGCGGGGGAGAGGGGGCUGCCCUCCGGGGGCAGCGCGGCGCUGAUGAGCCCGCGCCCGAGGAGCCGCGCCACGCGGCCCCUGGGGCUACGGCUUUCACACUGGAGCCUCCCUCCCCACCACCCUUCGAACGCCCUGCGGGCCCCCCAGGCACAGCUGACGGCCCGCCCGUGGCUGAGCCCCCCCGGCGCCCUCUCUCCCUGGGUGCAGCGGGGCCCCUGCUGCUUUGCGGCGCACUCGACGCCCUGCCGGACAGCGUGUACCGUAGCGUGUUGCCCACACUCGUCAUCCCCGCGCGCUAUGUGCGCUUGGGCGCGGAGGCCGGGGCCACCGCCGGGAGCUCUGAGCCCAUUGCACCUGAGGGCGCUGUACGCGCCUUCCCGGCACCCGAACCUGCGCGCGCUCUGCCCGCGCCCGGCCCCGCAGCUCCGGUGACCAUCCCAGUGCUGCUAGAUGAGUCAGCGGUGGCACAGCUCAACGGCGAGCUGCAGGCGCUGACCGAGCAACAGCUGCGCGAGCUGGGCGUGCGUCCUCCACCGCGCGCCUGGUUUGUGUCGCUGGACGGGCGCUGCAAUGCUCAGGUGCGCCACUCCUACAUCGACCUGCAGGGCGGUGCGCGCGCGGACUCCGGCCCCGACCCUUGCGUGGACACGCAGGAGGCGAGGCCCCCACGCCCUCGCCGCCCCGCGCGAGAUGAGCGCCCACCCCCACCACCCGCGCCCCCGCGCCUGACGCUUGGCGAGGACACGGAGCCCAGCAGCAGCGAGAGCCGCACGGGGCUGUGCUCCCCCGAGGACAACUCGCUGACACCACUCCUGGAUGAGGUGGCGGCCCCUGAGGGGCGCACAGCCACGGUGCUCAGGGGCAGGGGCCGUAGCCACGGGGACAGUUCCCGCAGCAGCGUGAGCGAGCUGCGCCGCGACUCGCUCACCAGCCCGGAGGACGAGCUGGGUGUGGAUACUGGCGAGGAUGCGGGCGACAAGAAGAGCCCCUGGCAGCGUCGUGAGGAGCGGCCACUUAUGGUCUUCAACGUCAAGUAGCCAGAGGGGCCCGGACCACGGGCGGGGCAGCACCAGGGAGGAGGGCUGGGGGGGGCGCAGGAGGGUAACCUGGAGGUCCCCAGGGAGGGUAGGGGUGCUGCCUGCUGACAGGGCCACCCCAGGCUGGGAGGUCACAGGUCUGAAUGGCUGGGGCAGCUCUGGUGGCUGGGAUUAUGGGAUGGACAGAGGGCAGCAGCAAAUAUAAAGCCAGUGAGGGUCA